ACUAGACAAGCACCUAGUGCAGACGGCUAAUGCUUUACGCCUUUAGAAGUACUCGACCCUGUGCUGCAACUGCAAGCUGUCUCACUAACACACAAGUCUGACGCACAAACCGGAGGCACGCCGAUAUGUCCACAAGCAGCAGGCCGGAGGUCGGGCGGUGGAGCCUUGCCGGCGCCACAGCUCUCGUCACCGGUGGCAGCAAAGGAAUCGGGCGCGCCAUCGUGGAGGAACUGGCGAGCUUCGGCGCCACGGUGCACACGUGCGCCCGGAACGAGGCUACCCUGAACAGGUGUCUGGAGGAGUGGAGAGCCAAGAAGCUCGCCGUCACCGUCUCCGUCGACGCGUAGGUGCGCGCUGACCCGGAGGCGAUCGCCGGCAGGGUCGCCGCCAUGUUCGGCGGCAAGCUUGACAUCCUUGUACGUACGCACCAAAACAUCGGCCUCCUAACCUACCCGGUUGAAUUAAUUUUCCAUACAAUGUGCUAUCUUGUGGCUACUAGUGCUAGCAGGCAGAUGACGACAAGGUGUACACGUGAUUCCUAGUUGCAGAUCUUGUGCUACCUUUUUCUUUUUGUUUUCUUCUUCGAUAUGGGAUGAGUUUGGUUUGUUGGAUUUUGGUUGA